CGUUGCCCAAAGCAGCAAUCGAAACCACACUAACUGUGCAUGCACUGUGCCUUUGCCCAUACCGCUAACCCUUCUUUUGUCUUCUCUUUCACAUGCCGAGUCCGUCCCCUGAAAAGUCACGCAGUGGUCAAACCGAAGAAGAACGCCUGCGUGAGGUGUUACGAGCGAAACGGAAGAGCCGCCGCGAAAGCAAGGGAGACAACGGCGACCGCGACGCUCAGCACGACACCGACCGAACGAAAUCCCAGAGUCCAUCGGAAAAGAUCAAAUCUACAGAUCGGGAAUCUGCCAGAUCUCCUGAAAAUCUUGAUCGAUCGCAACCAGCAAACUCGAAUGGGCACGCGGAACCGCAAUCGAACACUCAACGAUCCCGUUCUCCCGAUCACCGGCGUGAACGCCGUCCCAGCAACGACCGACCGUCCCUCGAUCGCAGUCGCGGAUCUCGCGACGAACGCCGUCGUCCUCGUCGGCACCAUCAUCGGGAUAAUUCCCGUCAUGGAAGCAAUCCUAGUCGCGGUCCUCCAGGGUCCCGGGCGCACGAUCCAUACUAUCCACCGCGUAGGGGUGGAGGGCUUGCUGCCAACGGUGCGCCCAUGCGGGGACCGCCUCCUCCACACCACUGGCGGGGUCCGCCUUCUUCGGGACCUCCAGCUUCCCGACAUCGCCAUCGGGAUUUGGCCGCUUUGGAUCGCUACGACGACUUUGGACGUCGUCGGCCACCGUCGCGGCGCUCACGCAGUCGGUCCGUCAGUCGCAGUAGUAGUGGAACGAGUAGCGGCUACUCGUCUCGCUCCCGAUCGCGCAGUCACAGCCGCUCGCGCAGUCGCGAUCGCCGUCCUCGUAGACAGCGUGGGGGGUCGUCGCGAAACCGUCGUCGUUCCCACAACAGUUCGACGACUUCGGACGUGGAACACGCAACGCAAGUAGACAACACGUACACGAAAGAUCAACGUACCGUCUUUGUCACGCAGUUGGUGCAACGCACGCAAGAACGGGAUCUCAAAAAGUUUUUCACGCGCAAGGGCUGCAAAGUCAACGAAGUCAUCUUGUUGCGCGACAAGCGUACCGGCAAGCACAAAGGGUGUGCUUACGUCGAGAUGAAACGAAUGGAGGAUGUCUCAAUUGCGGUGGGAUUAUCAGCGGAAGUUCCGGAUUUUCAGCGAUUCCCGGUGCUCGUCAAGGCCUCGGAAGCCGAAAAGAAUUAUCUGGCCAACGCGAGUACGGCGACGUCGACGGCGGCGCAAAUGGGAGUUCCCAUCAAGUCGGCUCCUCUGCUUGGGCCCGACGGAAAAAUGCUGGAAGCACAAAAGGUAUAUAUUGGCAGUUUGGAUCCCAGUGUCUCUCAAGAGCAUCUCUUUGCCCUGUUUAGUCAGUUUGGUCAACUCGAAAAAGUCACUUUGCAAAUGGACUCUAACACGGGCCUAUCCAAAGGUUUUGCCUUCUUGACCUUUCACGAUCCCAAGGAAGCGAAUCUGGCCAUUCAAACCAUGGCCAACCAAGCACUUGCGGGCCGUCCCAUGAAGACAGGUUGGGCGAGUCAAGGAUCUUCCAUUCCGGGUGUUGAAGUAGUGACGUCGGACGAAUUUCCCGCUGACGCAAGCACCCGAGCACAACGGGCCUAUCAGGUGUUGGCGCAGUUGACCAUGGGCGUUCCUGUUGCUUCCGUAGGUCAAGCACCAGGAACAAGCUCGUUCGCGGCUGCCGCUGCCGUACCCGGAGGUGCCUCGCGAAUCCCUACAGUCGCGGAAGCCCGGGCGAGUCUAGCCGGAGCUGUUGCCAUGGCACCGGCCACGCCUGCAGUGUUAGUGCCCACUCCGGCAGUGGCUCCUUUGGGAUCACCGGACGCCAAGAUUGUUGGCAAUGCGGAUACGCCCACCAAGAAUGUUUUGAUCCGUAACAUGUUUGACAAGGACAAAGAAACGGAUCCUGGUUGGGAAAAGGACAUCAAGGAAGAGUUUGAAGAUGAGUGUUCCAAGUAUGGGACGAUCACGUCCGUGACGGUUAUGCAUAUGGAGCCGGGUGGUAAGAUUUACGCUUCAUUUGAUUCCGUCAUCGGAGCUCAAAAAUGUGCUUCCAGUUUAGCAGGUCGGUGGUUCGACAAGCGCCAAUUGCGCGUGGAUUUUGUCGCUGACAAAGAUUUACCGAAGGACGACUAG